UUAUUAAACGAGGUUCAAGCACUGCAACGCAGUCACCAGCAAGAGCUUUCCGACUACCAGCGGAAAGAAGAAAACCGGAUCCGCACUCUCGAAAAAGCAGCGGCGAUCAAGACUGAUGAAAACACCACCUUGCAACAGGAGCUAGUCAAAUGGCAAAACAAAUUCUCCAAAGAAUCGAUGGUUUGGAAAUCUGCCAAAGACCGAUUCGAUGCCAACACCGAAGCGCUUGAACGCGCCUUGCAAGAGAGCGGGCUGAGGGAGUCGAAUCAACGGAAGGAAAUGGAGGACGUCCUAAGGAUCAAGAGUGAUAUCACCAGACGGUUGCAGAUGAGGGAAGCGGAAGUCAAGCGACUGGAGGAGGAGCAUCGUGUCAAGGAUGCUGCUGCGGAUGAGCAAAGGGUGAUGCUGAGCGAGAAGAUCAAUUUGCUGGAGCAGUCUAUGAACCGUAGAGACGAUGACGUUCAAAAGCUCAAAAGCGCCAUGCAUCGACAGCAGCGCGAUGAUCAGAAGGAGAUUCGGGCUUUGCGUGAAGCUCUGGAGGAGUCGCAACGAGAUCUGAGCGAAAUGAUCUCAAGGAAUAAGCAGUCGUCAGCAGAUUUGGAGGAGAGUGUUUCGACAUGCGCCAAGCUUUCUCAUCAAAUUGGCGAGCUGUCGAACACCCAUCGCGAGGAUCAGGCCGAUAUUCGCGAACUAUCGCAAAAGUGUGCAACGCAGUUGGAAGAGCUGGAACGUCUGCUUGCGUCCGAGACUUACUUGAAACGUGAGCUGGCCGCUAGUGAGCACAGGCUGUCGCAGAUGGCCGAGGAGAAGGUUCGGGCUGAGACGCAGCUCGUAAGCUCGCAGCGUACUGCAAACGCGCUCCAGCUGGACCUGGACAAGUGGAGAUUGAAAGCUGAGGAUUUGAAGGGUGCGCACGACCAGCUCAAGAUCGCGCAUGAACGAUUGGUGCAGAGCGAGGGAUCGCUGAAGAGCGAGAGAAACGACUUGCUCAGUAUUCGAGACCGCCAAACUCGCGACAUUGAGGCCGCUGCGUCAGAGCGAAAGCAUCUUAUCGACAAAAUAAGCGAACUGCAGCGUGCCGUGGACAAGGAGGCUUCCCUGCAUGCUGACGUAAAAGCGCAGAGCAAAGAGCGGCUGAUGGACUUGGCGGAGAAGUUCCGCUCCCUUCAGAAGAAUCUGGAUGAGGCGCAGGUGGAAGUUGACAAAUUCCGCGGUGCCGAACGUAUUCUUCGCACCGCUCUGAGGGACAAAGAAGAUUCCGCUCACAAAUACGCGCUCCGGGUCAAGGAGUUGGAAACCACUGUCCGGAACCAGCAGCAUCAGCUGGCACUUGAUCACCAGAAAGUGGAUGACAUAAAGAUCCGCAAGAAGGAGGAAUUGCUCGCCGUCAACGACAAAUUCUCAGCAGCCAAAAGCGCAAUGGAUGCGCAAGCUGCGGACCUGCGCACGAGAUUGCAGGCGAAGUCGGCGAAGAUCGCUGACUUGGACAAUCAUCUUUCCCGAGCCAAAAUUGAGCUGUCGGAAGCUACAGCGGAACGACUGCGACUCGAGGCGAGGAUUUACGAGUUGACGGUGACCAGCGAAUCCAGGCAACAUGAGCUCGUCUCUCUGCAGAGUUCCCUUGCAGAGAAAGAACGAGAGAUUGCUUCGUUGCACAGUCAAAUGGCAUCAGUGCGAGAAAGCGCGGAGCAAUCCCAAAAGCAGCUGAAGGCUCUCAAAGGGGCGGAGAUAGAGAAAGUGACAGGCAAGGUCUCUGAGCUGAAUAAGAAACUGGCUGCCAAAGUGGACGAGUUGCUCCAGAGUGGUGCAAGAAGGGAUCACCGUGUAAGUGACCGCUCGGAUUCUCCUACCCCAACGACCUCACCACAACAACGGAUGUACAAAAAGCAUUCUGAGGCUCCGGAUAUCAAAUCCCUUCUUUUCGACUCGCACACUAAGCGCACCCACGUGGAUGAGCCUCCCAAAAUUACGACCACGUCUCGUAGAUGGUUCGACGAGCCUACUCGGCUCAGGUCGAGCUCGAGGUCAAGGUCGUCUUCGCCAAGUCGUGCACAGCAGCACCGCCGUAGUGGAGAUGACAUCCGGUCGGACUCGGUGACGCGCUUGGAAGGGGAUGUGGAGAAGAUGAAUCAGAGGUUGCAGGACCAAGUGAAGGCUCUGCUCGCAAAGAAGAGCGCUGCUGGGAGUAGCGCUCCUCGUUCUGAGCAACCAGCGCGGAACCAGUCGCAUUAUGGCGGCGACGCUUCCACGCGAGCUGGUAAGGGCAAAUCAACAACCUUCUACGACGACGAAACAUCACAGAGUCACGAGAAUGUACUCUCAUCGUCUACCAACGCCUCUUCAGCCGCCGCUGCGUUUCCUACCAUCCACAUUUCCGCGCCAACGGGACCUCUCUUCGCUGGCGCUCGGCAUGCCGGUGGUUCCAGCCAUCGCGUGAACGACACGACCAGCACGUCCACGUCCGCCUCCUUACCCGCACAUCGGCAUCAGCAGCAGCGCCGCCCCGUGGACGGGUCGGGAGACUCGCUAGCGGUCUUCCAAUCUGCGUUGGACAUCCAGGCGGGCGAUGAUGGUAACAAUGACAGCGAUGGGAACGUGUUUGAUAGGAUGGGCAGUUUGAAGGAUCUUGGAUCCACGUAUCAUUUUGGGGAGGACGACGGGGAUUUUGGAAACACCCAUCCCUUGAGUGCACGAAAGGAUGAACAAGAGGGGUUGUUUGCGACUAGUCCGCUAGUGAGGCCCAGCGCGGAUGAUGGAAUGGCUUGGUAAGCUGGAAUGCGUUCCAACAACAUAAUUGUGGAACAACCCCAUUUUUGGAAGACGACAAUUGAGCCAUGGUGGCGAAUUCUUUUUUGGACGAAAGACUGGAGGACGUGAUCAAUUUUUUCUUUUCCUUGA